CUUUGAAAUGCAGCAUUUAUCUUUAUGCUUCUCCACCGUAAUAUGAUGUAAUUAUGAUUAAAACCUCCUUCUCACUAAAUAAAAACUCAGCCCUGACUGGACUUCAGCAUCAGUCCUCAGUGAGACCAGUGAAGUCUUCGAAAGCAUCAUCUCAAGCGUUCAGCACCUUCAGAAAAACAAAAAAAUGGACCUGAGAGCAACAGUCUCUCUUCUUCUGCUGCUGCUUCUGGGCCUCUGUAACGCUCAGGAUCAUGGCGCUGAUAAUGAGAUCUCAGUGGAGAAAUCUGACAUGGAGGACGUUAGCGAGACUAUUCUGAGGAUGAAUAAUGGAUCUACUGAUUUUCUGCUGGAAGGAGACGUAGUUCUUCCAAAAACCAGGAAUGCUAUGAAGUGCUUAAGUAAGGCGUACAGCUGCCUGUGGCCGAAGUCUGCCAACGGGAAUGUGGAAAUCCCUUUCCUUUUAAGCAGAAAAUAUGAUGACAGUGAGAGGCGUACAAUUGUAAAGGCCUUGAAGGACUUUGAAACUAAAACCUGCAUCCGCUUCGUUCCUCGCGCAGCUCAGAGAGCGUACUUGAGCAUUGAACCGAGAUAUGGCUGCGCCUCUUUACUGGGUCGUACUGGAGACAAGCAGGUGCUGUCGCUGCAGAGGUACGGCUGCGUGAGUCAAGGCAUCAUCCAGCACGAGACGCUGCACGCGCUGGGUUUCUACCACGAACACACCAGGAGCGACCGAGACCAGUACAUCAAAAUCAACUGGGACAACAUCAACCCACAUUUUACCUUCAACUUCAAAAAGCAGGACACAAAUAAUCUCAACACUCCGUAUGACUACUCCUCUAUUAUGCACUAUGGAAGAACCGCCUUUGGAACGCGACGAUCAGAAACCAUCGUUCCCAUCCCUGACCCCUCUGUUGCCAUUGGAAACAGGGACGCUCUGUCCAAAACUGACAUCUUGAGGGUCAACAGGCUCUACAAGUGCUGGAACUACAUGUGA